AUGGCCAACUCUUCAACCCCUGCUCAUUCUGGAAAUCAGUCCUCGCAUCUCCCUGUCCAUGAGCAGGACAAAGGAACGGCCUCCAACCCUUCCACCUCGCAUCUCCCUGUCCAUGAGCAGGACAAAGGAACGGCCUCCAACCCUUCCAACUCUUCACCCUGGCCGUGGUUGCGUCCAGCCAGGCAUUAUCCACUGGAGAGCAUUCUCUGGCCACUGCCGGAGAUGCAUGGCGUUGUUAGCAAAGAUGGGAUGGGAGCUGCUGAGCGUCAGGGCCUAGCUCAGGACAAGGGAGAUCUCGAGGACUUGCCGGACCUCGUGGAUCUGCCAGACCCCCAGGUACCGCCGGAACUGUGCGCCGUUGUCAGCGCCAGCCCUGCUGGAUGUCAGCACGCGGUUGCCGCUAGAGUAGACCUCAAGGGCCUGCCUGAGACGCAUGGAAUCCUCAGCGGAGAUACGACAGACACCACUAAGAGCCGGGCAUAG